GCCACGAGGAGUCCACUUCCACCGAACAUUCUCUGGGAGCCCCGUCACUCCUUUAACUCACCAUGUGGCUACUCGUUCUCGCAGGCCUCCUGGCGGUCUCCGCCGGCAAAGAGGCCGAGAAGACGCAAGUGGCGUCUUCGGCAUCCUCUGCAUCGGCUGGAGCCGAUGACCUGGUGAUGCUGGAAAUCGAUGUCAAGGAGCCUGUCAAGAGAUCGCCGAUAUCGGCCAGUGCAGUGUACGGAGCAUCCCCGAGUCAGUACAUCAUUCGCCACGGCGAUGACGCCCAAGAGUUGUCGCCGGAGUACUUGACGCUCGUGUCUCAGUACACUCAGUCAGAGCCGCAGGCAUAUUCUGCGCCGAGAAACGCUGCGCCGCAGCGUCGGCCGCUCCCAGCAUACGCUAGGCAGCAGCAACAGCUUCAGCAAGCGUACCAAAAUCAGCGCGUCCCAGCUGUAUCUCCCCCCAGACCACGAGUUCAGCUUCACUCCGAUGCACUUGCACGAGCCGAAGCAGUAGCCGAAGUGCAGGCUCAGGCAGAUGCGCAGUCCCGUGCAGAAGCUUUGCAUUUGGCAAGACUACAGGCGAGUCCCUCGAACUCGGCCUCGUACCAAGUAUCGAGUGCCUAUUCGGAGCCAAAGCUGGGAACCUUUGAACAGGAGCUGCUGCAGCUGGUGUCGGCCAAUCAGGCUCAAGAGUUCAAGUUGGCAUCGUCGAAAAGGCCGCUGAAGGGAAACGGGUAUCCCCAGUACUCCCAGCAGGUGGUGGGCUACCCAGCGGAAUACGCAAAGCCUGCAGCUGCACCCGAGCAGUACCACAUAGAGACCACAGCUCCGCGUUACCAGCAACCGGUGUCGCCUUCUUAUCAGACCGUGGAGGAGCCAGUCAGGUUGCAGUACCACCAGCUGCAGGUGCAGGCACCGGAGUACCAGGUGAAGUCCAACAAGCCGUUCAGACCGUCUCCGCAGUACACGGAGCCCUCGGCGGACGAGGGUCACCUGAAGCUGCAGCAGGCGCAGGCUCGAGCAGAGGCCGACGCGAUUGCUCGAGCCCAGUCUCAGGCUGAGGCCCAGGCUCUGGCGUUCCAGAAAGUGGCCCAGGACUCGCACAACAAGCACCAGCAGGCGGCCUUCGAGCAGAUUCGCCUGGUGCAUGAACGUUACCAGCAACAGAGCGCCCUCGAGCAGAUCCAGGAAGGAGCGCAGGUGAGCGAGGCAGGACGCGCGCAUAUAGAAGAGCAGACCACCCCGCCGAAGGACCAUGAAGCUGCAUACAAGGCCCAAUUGAAGGCCCAGAAUCAGGCCGAAGUUGCUGCUGCGAGACGGGCGCAGGAAGCUGCGGAGUACAAGGCCCACGCGGACGCGAUUCUGAAGCUGCAGGCGCAGCAACAGCAGCACCUGAAGGCGCAGGAGGACGCGCACAACUAUGCCCUGAAUUUCGAGAGUAACCAGCUCCGGGCCCAGGCUCAGGCUCAGGCCAUCGCCCAGGCGCAGGCCGAGGCCCUCUACAAGGCCCACCAGCAGGCACGAGCUAAGGCUCAGGGGGAGGCUCAGGCUGCCGCUCGAGCCCAGGCUGAAGCUAGGAAACGGGACCCUGAUAAUACCCCUGUUGUGCAGUAUCUCCUGCCCAACAGCGUUCCUCUACCUUCCCCUAAUAGCUACUUCACCAGUGAUCAGGUGCAGAAGUACCAGUCCUCUGCUGGGUCCUCCUAUGUACCCCGCUCUGCUCCAAAAUCCGCCCCCGUAACUGCGGCCACGGAAGAGCAGGUUUACACUCAGGCUGCCAUUAAUCAGCCUCGCCAAGCCCAUAAGUUGAAGAUCCCCUCCUCGGGCCAGUCCUCCAUCUAUGUGUCUCAGUCUGGUCUGCUGAAGAAAUCUCCGGUCAAGUCGCUCACUAUCGAAGAGAUCAUCGAGCAGGAUCAGCUGAGCUCUCCGCAGGUUGUGCGACUUCCCAACAAGGGGCACCAGGUUCUCACUCAGGAGGAUUUAGCUGCUCUCAUUAAUGCCGGAUUCACCGUCACACCUGUCCCUGAGACCAACAAGCCCACUCAGCAACCCUAUGCCACUGAGAACUCUUCUGCUGGGUAUUACGCGAAGAAGCAGAGGAGUCCUGCUGCCAGGCCUGAUUAUGAGAACUAUGAUCAGAUUUCUGCCAUCCCUCGACAGAGACGCCCUGUUAGGAAGAACCCUUCUAUCCUGAAACAGGAGGAGGCCCAUGCCAGUGAGAAGGUCACCUACUUGGUUCCACUUGAACCUGCCUAUGGUACUAGACAAACUCCCCAGAAAAGAUCCCUAGGAGAGGCCGAGGAAUAGGCCUCGCUUGGUUUCGGAGCACCUUCGAAUGGCCUUGCUGGUUAAAUUAGUAAUUGGAAAUUUACUCAUUGCUGAUCUUGGUCCUUUAGAUCGUCGGGAGGGUCCUAGGGAUCCUCGGAUAGGUGUGUUCUAAAAUCUGUUCCCGCAUGAAAUGGAAAAACAGAGGAUCGAAGGGGUGAUAUCUUGCCUCACUUGUCAGCUGAUCUUAACGUCACGCGAUGCUUAAUAACUCGAAUUGAUUUUGCGGUGAACAGAUUUUCGGAUCUCAUCCAAUCAUCUUGAAGAGGCGCUUCGUGUCCCGAUCAGACAUGUUCGCGAGGAUAAUUUCUCAGCUGCGUUUUCCCAUUACUUUCUUUAUACCGGUCCAGAUCCCCAGAUUUUCCCACGUUGCAUCCCAAACGCAGGCUCGAGGUGCAUCGGAUGUCCCGAGUUGCACUUUCGUAGCUAAUCGCGAGAUAUUAAAGUCCCGGGUCAGGAAAAUGCUAGUUUGCGUUCUGCGGAAGUCGCGGUAAAUAAUUUAAUUACGUUUCACAGAUUCGUCGAAAUUUGUUCCAAGUCCCUCCCGGGAUCAUUCAUAAUAAUUCGUCACGAUUAAAUGGAAUAAUUGUUCCGAGCGCACUCGCAGAACGCAAACAUGGCCGUUCCCAUUCCCAGCAUUGCACGUAAGCUACUUUUUUUUUUAUACUACCAUAAUUACCAUUACUAUUUACAGCGAGAGCGGUACGCCCAUACCCAGCGACGUUGCCAUCACGAGUUGUUCCCCAUAAGCACUAGAUCUACGAUUCCUUCAUGUCCUGUUUGUAAUUCGAUUACUAUGUUUUUUUUAUACGGUGUGUCUAUCAGUGCCUAGUGGCUGCGAUGAGAUAUAUACGAGGGCUCCCAUUGGCGUUCAGGUGUUCGUGCCAUUCUUGGACGACCCCGAAGGUGCCGAGAGAGAGAGGGACGAGAGUACUUUUCUUUCUCUUAAUUUAUGAUCGUUUUGUAAAUACUAGACUUUUAUCUAAUAAAACUGUUGAAAAAUUUCCACCCCUCGUCGUAGCCUUCCUUGCGGCCCCUCCUAGAGAAGAAUCCCUCAGCAGAAAUUGAUAGCCUUCGGUUUAUUAAUUUUUUUUUUUAACCUCAGGACGUGCAUUUCACUUUCAAUAUUUAUUUAUACAUUUAAAUCGGUGGAAAGUUCUCUCGUGAUUUUUAUACACUUUGUGGCGAUGUUUCCCUUCUCGGCAGAAAAUCUUUGCGUGCCUCGAUCUCAUACGCAUACCUCGGGCCGUACGUGAAAAAUAUUUCCCGUAAUGAGGGGUCUUCGGAAAUUGCCGGCCACGGACGUCGUUAUUCAGAAAAGCGUCACGCACGAGUCACGGCCCAUCGGAGUCUGUGCACACCGAUUUAACGAUCCAUUAUAUGCCGUAACGCGGAUCGUCGUGAAAAAGCCCGAACAGCCAGGCCUCUUAACCUCGGCCGUUAAUGCACUCUCCUUUAUUCUAUCGAGCCCCAAGAGGGUAUUACGAGAGUCUCUUAACCUAGGAAUUAAAAGUCGAGCGGUCGACUUUCUCCAAUUAGGCGUUUUUAAACAGCAGGCAAUCGAUUCCGGCUUCGACUCUAGUCUCCGCGUGAAGUUUCGAGACAUCUAACAGCAUCAGAGCUGAAAUAAUAAAAAAAAUGUGACCAUUCAUUUUUAAGCUGGAAAUUCCGAAAUUUUAUGAUUUUAUUCCCAUCAUUGAGAAUCAUACAGAAACCUGAAACCAUAAAAAAAAAAUGUAACAAUUCAAUUUUAAGCUGGAAAUUCCCGAGAGUGGCUUUAUGAUUUUAUGCUCAUCAAUUUAAUUAUGAGGACUUGAGGCUGAAAUGAUAAUCAAAAAUGAAAUCACUGGUUUCAGUCUGAAAAUCCACUAGGAUUACGAUUUAAUUUGCCUCAACGAUACCAUACUCUAAUUCGAGGCACCGAGUGCAUCGAUGCAUCCGUGGUGCAUCUCUUCGCCAUCCGCGAGGCUCGAGACCGAAUGAGCCCCGUAAUGAACGCCUGCAUCGGGAAAAAAAGACCCCUGGUGCAUUUAUAACCGGAAAGGUGCAAACGUAUAUUUACGAGCAAUUGCAGCGUCAGUCGAGUCGAUUUAUCUCCCCGGGUGCAGAUUUUAUGGUGACAAAAGCCUGCAGGGGAAAUUACUUUUAAUUACACAUGCAAGCGCGAUCGCACUCGAGGCAUCGAAACUGCACUCGCGGUGCAUCGGGUAUUGCGGAGACCCCAGAAUAAUUGCACGCAAUAUGACUCGGUGUAACAAAAUGUGUCAGGUGAAACACACAAAGAAAUGUCACUUGUCAAAGAGUGCAGAUAUUCGAUCGUUGCAGAAAUGCAUCUCGAAGCAAACAUCGAUCCAGAAACCGCAGAACAAGAUGAUCGAUAUUGGCCACUCUUGUGGAAGAUGUUACAACACCCCACGUAUCGUUAAACACAGCGGGUAUUGCAUAAUUUACAGUCCGUCGGUGUACUUCACCGUGAAUAGUAAAUUGUUGGGUAAUUAGCAUAAAUUAUGGAAGGCAUUACCGCUGCACCCGGGGAUCAUAACUGCAGCUGUAAUGCCAUCGUCGCGUCGAAUUAAGCGUAAUGUUUAUACAAAAUGUUUAAGGGCCACUUAGCUACGGUAAUGACUAAUUUCCUACAUUUUCUUUACACGAUCUCGAAUCCUCGAAUUUAAUGCCGCAGGAAUAUCGAGUAACGUCUGGGAUUUAAUUCAGAAGAAACGUCUGCGGGCAAGAAAAAUUUACGCCGCCACGUAAACGUCCAGUUGUGGUCUUAAGAACCCUCAGAAAAUGACGUUACAC